GUUUCCAUUUGUAAUGAAGUCAUUUUUUACAUCAACCAAUUAGCCCUGCUGCUUGGCUGGCUCGAUAUUCUGUGGGAGACAGUCACACUUGUGAUUUAUGCCGAUACUCAGUGAUGUAGCAACUGUCAAAAUAAAAAUUAAUGAUACAGAUCUCCCCAACUUCUGUAGACUUCUGCGUCAUUGCUGAAUUAACAACGCAUUAGUAAGUUUCACAAAAUCUUCAAAAUGUAGGAGAUUUUCAUUGAAAAUCAUUCCCCUUAGUUGAGUAAGCAUAUAGCCCAUCAAUAGUUUAACUCUUUAUCAAUUUUUUAAAGAAUUUGUAUGAAGACAUUUAAAUCCAGGUGAGAGAAAAUUUGAAAGAAGCUGCCUUGAUGGCUUUUUAACUGACGAGCAGAUCCCUGUGAAUGGCCUGAGAUAAAAUAACAGAGACUCCAGCGAGGCCAUUAUAUCAUCUGAUACUUAACAGGUGCCCUCCAAGUCACAGAUAUGACGUCUUUGUGGACCUAGAUUUUGUAACAUUUUGGGUAAACGUCCAACUGUUACCUGUAAUGGCUUAUAGAAACGUACACCAGGUCGUGGAUUCGGGGACCCGCGUCAAACUCCUGGGGCAGAAACAAAGCUUUGGUUACUAGUUUCUGAUCAAUGACUGUGGAUGGAUGUGCAUUGACAGUGUUGCAAUAAACCAGAGAGAUACUACAGAAAGGAUGUAACUUACAGGAUUACACAGAGCUAAUCAGCAAUUGACUUGUUUACUGUGAGACGGAAGGCAGUUUGCUAAACAACCUACACUUAACAACACUGUCAGACAGAUUUUAAGGUGUCACCAUCAAGUCUGAUUUUAAUGGAUCAAGAUUAUUGCCUCCCUCCCUACUGUUCCAAGUAACCUUUUGACCCCCGUCCAAGGUCACACAUCAGUACAAUUACUCACAGAGAGACGAGGUGGAAUUUCCUUUGGACGAGACGACAACAAUGCAAUUUAUGUCAGAAUGCUGGGUGAUGUCCGUUUGAAGGUGACAUCAAAGACGGAGAAAGCAACUCUAAAUCCUCAAGAUCGCAAACUUCUAGAAAGGUUGCUGGUAACAGAUCAAAAAUCACGAUUAUCUUCCCGUUUUCAAAGUUUUAACAAACACCAGCGAAAACGCAAUGCCACAGAGAAUGCAUCCCGCCAACUUCAGUCCCUAUUGGACCAACAGUAUUCUCAGCAGGCUCAGGAGCUGAUGAGUCAACUUAGUGUAUGGAAUUUUGACAUUUUCAAUUUAGACGUUUUAACGGGGGGGAGGUCUCUGACUCAUGUUGCCAUCCAUUUAUUUAAGAAGUAUAAUCUCAUCUCCACAUUCAAAUUGGACUUCAUCAAACUCAUGCAGACAUUUACUCUGAUAGAGAAUGGUUACCACGGAAAUAAUCCUUACCACAAUUCUGUCCAUGCAGCAGACGUCACCCAGGCGAUGCAUUGCUACCUACAGGAGGUCAAGUUAAAAGACUGGAUCCCAAAAUUUGAGGUCAUGACCUCUCUGUUGGCAGCCAUGACACACGACCUAGACCACCCAGGGGUUAACCAAACAUUUCUGAUCAAAACAGGCAAUCACCUGGCAAAUCUAUACCAGAACACUUCAGUCCUGGAGAACCAUCAUUGGCGCUGUGCAGUUGGUGUAUUUUAUGAGACAGGAGUGUUCAGCCAUUUUGACCAAGACUCAUGGAACCAAAUAACAUGGCAACUUCGUUCUUUGAUAUUAGCAACUGAUAUUACUCGACAACAGGAAUUUCUUAGCCGGUUUAAGAAAUACCUGGAUGAAAAUAACUUAGAUUAUGAAAAUAAUUUGCAGGAUCGAAUCUUCUUGUUACAGAUAGCAUUAAAAUGUGCUGAUAUAUGUAACCCGUGUCGUGAAUUUGGUCAAAGUAAACAGUGGAGUGAACGAGUCUGCCAAGAGUUCUUUCGACAGGGUGACUAUGAGAGGGAGUUAGAAGUUCCUGUUACACCCAUGUGUAACCGAGUAACUAUGACAACAGCUAAGAUACAAGCUGGAUUUAUGGAGUACGUGGUAAGCCCUUUGUUUUACGCCUGGAGACAGUUUCUUCCUUCAAAGCUCAGUGAUUUGAUGUUAGACAAUAUUGCACAAAAUCAGAAAUACUGGCAGAGUGUGGUCGAAAGUGAGGGAGAGAUAUGUAAAUCUAAGGAGUCAACAGAGGAGGAGAAGGUGAAUGAAGAAGAGCAAAGUGACACAGUGGAGGAUGGAAGACUUCCUCUGAACUAUAUUCACAUCACUGACGAGGACAAUAACUCCCUGUGUACAGACAGCCGCCGCGGCAGUUGUAGGAGUCUAUCUCCCGUUCGUGAAAUCACAGAAAAUGGCUGGGAUCCCGAGCAGAGACGGCAUAGCAUGCCUCCUGCAUAUGUCAGACGGGAGAUUACGUGUGUGACUAUUCGUAGAGACAGUGUUCCCAUGUCUCCGUAUCUACGGCGACAGAGUUUACCCACUGCCAUGUUAGUUCAUACAUCCUCUCUUGAGAAACUCUCCGGCAAGUUAUCUACACUUGCACAACGUCACAACUUGGCAAACAAAAGCAUAUCUAUGGAGGAGUUGAUGUCUCGUCCAAAAAUCUCCAAUCUCACAACCAGUUACGAGACCAGUUUACUGGCCAGUGGACUGUCCGUUGUCACGGAUCCAUUGUACUCAAAUUCUCACAGCAGCAUUGUUCGAUUUCUCACUGUACCUCAGAACUCCCCUAACCGUGAUCCUAGUCACCCUGCAGACUUGAACACAUUCCCAUGGUCAAGCAAUAAAUGUGCUCAAAAAUGUGAUCAGCAAAACAAGCAUAUAAAUGACUCAGACUGUAUAGGAAAAGUAAAGUGUAUCAGUGACCCAGACUGUAUAGGAAGUCUCAACGUAGCUGGAAAUUCCUCAGUCCCACCCAAAACCCACUAGUCUUUCAUUUGUACAUUUGUAAACCAUUUAAUAUUUGUAAGAAAAUUUUAAAAGGGUAAUUAUUUACUUUUUAACAACUGACAAGAAAUUUAUAUAUAUAUUUAUAUCUACAUUUAAAUAAAUUGUUGUCAUAGUUUUAUAAA